UCGGGGCUGUGGUUCGAGCGCAGGAUUGUGGCGGUGUGUGAGCGGAUGAUGGCAGGCGGCCGGUGGGAACGAGACGGAGAGACAGACACACUCACACACUCCGCCAGACACAGAGGAAUGACCCUACUGCACCUUGCUGCUGCUCAGGGAUACACACAACUCAUACACACACUCAUCCGCUGGAGGAGUAUCAGUGUGAACAGUCUGGAUCUGGAGCAGGAAGUGGAUCCUCUGAAUGUGGAUCAUUUCUCCUGCACUCCUCUGAUGUGGGCCUGUGCUCUGGGUCAUCAGGCGGCUGCUGUGUUGUUGUACCGCUGGAGUAGCGCCGCUCUGGGCAUCCCGGACUCUCUGGGCCGUCUCCCUCUGGCUGUGGCUUACUCACGAGGACACACACGGCUGGCGCGCUGUCUGGAGGAGCUGCACACACACUCGCAGACGCAAGAACACACAGCCUCACCGCCGUACCGGCCGCCAUCGCCACUGUCCAGCAGCCCAGACACCGGGUUGAGUUCAUCCAGCAGUGUGCCCUCCCCCAGUGACCCACCCUCUCCCUCCCCAAGCUCCGCCUACUCCAGUGGUUCAGUCCCUGACCCGAUGGACUCCGCCUCCUCGCCCUCCUCCCCAUUCUCAGUCCCGCCUCCCGUCGGCUCCACAGACUCGCUCUUCCUGAUGGACUGUGAUGCUGCGAGUCCCACGGAACCGCAUGUCCCGCAUGCAGACGCUCUGUCCCUGCACUCGGAGCUCGCGGAUCAACUGCUAAACUACAGCGAGAACGCAGAGAACGAGGAUUACCUGUCUGAUGAGGUCCUGCAGGUUGACAUGGCAACGCUCGCCGAGCAGAUCAUUGAGGCCACGCCUGAGCGAAUCAAGCAGGAGGAGUUUAACCGGGAGGCGGAGUCACCACUGCGAGAGAGGCGGGACAAUCCUGCUAUUCACGACACCAUGCCGUGGCUCGCGACCUACUUGGACACUGUAGACAGGAGCCUGUGUCCGACCCCGCCCUCCCUCCUCAGUGAUUUGGCACUGCAGAGGCUCCGCCCCCCGAGCAGUGCAGCAUGGGCGGAGUUUCUAAACGCCUCGGCCAAUGGGAGGAUGGAGAGAGACUUCGCCCUGCUGACGCUGACGGACUCCGAGCAGAGAGAGCUGUAUGAGGCGGCGCGCGUCAUCCAGAACGCCUUCCGCAGAUAUAAGGGCCGGAGACUAAAGGAGCAGCAGGAUAUGGCUGCAGCCGUGAUUCAGCGCUGUUACCGCAAGUACAAACAGCUAACAUGGAUAGCACUGAAGUAUGCCUUAUAUAAGAAGAUGACGCAGGCGGCUAUCCUGAUCCAGAGUAAGUUUCGCAGUUAUUACGAGCAGAAGAAGUUCCAGCAGUCCCGCCGCGCCGCCGUCCUCAUCCAGCAGUACUACCGCAGCUAUAAGGAGUACGAGCGCGUCAAGCAGGGGCCGCGGGGGCCCGGGGCCCUUAACACCAAGAUCAAAGGAUCUUUUCUGACCAAGAAGCAGGAUCAGGCGGCACGAAAGAUCAUGCGCUUCCUGCGGCGCUGCAGACACAGGAUUAAAGAGCUGAAGCAGAGUAAAGAGCUGGAGCACCGCGGACUGACCACCUGAACACACACACACACACAUUACAGUUACGGUUGCUUGUUUUCCAGUGGUCGCUGCAACACUAAAGUUGACGUUCAGCUUUCCUGAAUGUUUUUUCAUGUAUUAAUGGAUCUCUAUAAAUGUAAACAGAAUAUACUCUUAUAUAUAUAUAUAUAUAUGAUCAUACACACAGUCUCGAUUGUGUUGCAUAUGAAUUUAUUUAUUGAUCUCUCGGAGAUGCUGUAUAUUUUAUAAACACUCGAUGUUCCACUGAUCUGAAAACACUCUUUUUCAAAGUCUUAAGUUGCCAUGGAAACGCAGGACUGAAAUGUAACGGUGCCUAGUGACGAAUGUGACCAUGUUGGACACGAAUCGCUGCAACAGAGUAAAAAACAAACGUGAUUAUUCUGACUUCACUGGAGUACAGAACUCUGGAUCUGACUUGUGAACUCUCAUGUAGAUGUUAAAACUCAAUCCAGGGGGAAAAGUUGGAUGUAAACUCAGAAUUACCCCCAGAAAUGUUGAGUUUGCAAGAUUUAAACUCUAGAAUUGUGAGAUGAAAACUCAUUUUUCUGAGUUUAAGUCUUGCAAUUUAAACCUUAUUUACCUUCACUUUUUCCCUAAAAUGUGGAGUUUGCAUUUUUUUAUCCCACUUUCCUCCUCCUUUUCCCCAUUCAGAGUUUGGAUCAUGCAAUUUUUACUGGGAAAGUUGGAGACGUCAGAAUAAUGGAAUUCUGAGUUUGUGUCACUCAGAAUUCCAGAAAAGUUGGAAUCACAAGAUGAACAUUUUAAAUUCCAAUAAAGAAGCAAUUGGGAGAUAAAAAAAAAUGAGAAUAAAAAACAAGAUGGACGUUUUACAGGAAAAGUUGGAAAUGUGAGAUGAAAAAUUGGAAAUCUGAGUUUUGGCUUGCAGUUUGAACCUUUUUUUCCUUCACAAUUCUGACUUUUUCCCUGAAAUCUGGAGUUUACAUGCAAUUCCCACUUUUACUCUUUGCAAUUCUGAGUUUGCAUCUUGCAGUUUUUAUAUGAAUAAUUGGGAUUGUGAGCUGAAAAUGUUUGCGUCUUAAAAUUUCAACAUUUUCCCAGAAUUACAAACAGUUGGAAUCACAGGAUGAACAUUUUUAAUUCCAAAAAAGAUGCAAUUGUGAGAUGCAAACUCAGAAUAAAAAAGCAAGCUGGAAUAAUUGUGAUUGUGAAAUGGAAACUUGGGAUUCUGAGUUUAUGUCUUGCAAUUUGAACCUUUUUUACCCUCACAAUUCUGACUUUUCCCUGAAAUUUUGAGUGUGCAAUUCUCACUUUUCCCUCUUUGGGAUUCUGAAUUUAAUGUCUUGCAAUUCUGAUUUUUUUUCCUGAAAUUUGGACUUUACAUCUUGCGAUUCCCACUUUUUCACUAUAGGAAUCUGAGUUUGGAUCUUGCAAUUUUUACUGGGAAAUUUGUAAUUGUGAGAUGAAAAAAAUGAAAUUCUUGGUUUGGGUCUCGCAAUUUCAACAUUUUUCCAGAAUUACAAGCAGUUGGAAUCACAGGAUGAACAUUUCUAAAUCUAAAGUUGUGAGAUGCAAACCCAGAAUAAAAAAAGCAAGUUGGAAUAAUUUUUACAGGAAAAAUUGUAAUUGUGAGAUGAAAACUCGGGAUUCUGAAUUUAUGUCUUGCUAUUUUUACUUUUUUUCCUUCACAAUUCUGACUUUUUUCCCUAAAAAUUGAAGUUUACAUGCAAUUCCCAUUCUUUUCAUUGCAAUUCUGAGUUUACGUCUUGCAAUUCAAACUUUAUAUUUUUAGGAAUUUUGAAUGAACAUCUCACAAUUCUGACUUAUUCCCUGAGAUUUUUUGAGUUUGCAAUUUUCACUUUUCCGCCUUUGGGAUUCUGAAUUUUAGUUCUUGCAAUUCCAACAUUUCUUUUCUAAGUUAUAAUUUACAAGAUGUACAUUUACAUUUUAAAAAAUGUUGAAUUUGCAAAACUUCAAACUCAAAAACACCCCCAAAAAUGUUGGAAUUGUGAGAUAAAAACGUGGAAUUCUGAGUUCAGGGCUUGCAAUUUAAACCUUUCUCCCCCUCACAAUUCAGACUUUUUCUCUGAUAUUUGGAGUUUACAUGUAAUUGGAAUUCUGAGUUUGCAUCUUGGAUUUGCAAAAUUUAGAGGACAAUCUGUAAUUGUGAGAUGAAAACUCAGAAUUCUGAGUUUACUUCUAAAAAAAAAAAAAAAAAAAGGUUGGAAUCACAAGAUGUACAUUUAAAAUUUACAAAAUGUUGGAUUUUGAACUGGAAAAAUUGGAAUUGUGAGAUAAAAACUUGGAAAUCUGAGUUUAUGUCUUGCAAUUAGAUCACUUUUCCCCCUCACAAUUCUGGCUUUUUCCCUUAAAUUUGGAGUUUACAUUUUGCAAUUCCUACUUUUGUACAUUGGAGUUUUGAGUUUGCAGUUUUUUUUCAUAAUUCCAAAAGGUUGGAAUGGCAAAAUGUAAAUUCAGAAUAAAAAAUAAAUAAAAUUGUAAUCACAAAAUGUACAUUUUGAAUUCCAAAAAAUAAAAGUUGUAAUUGCAAGAUGUAAAUAAAAAACUCUGAUAGGUAUAUAUAAAUAAAUAUUCUCUUUUUUUUUAUUCUAAAUUGACAUCUUGCAAUUCCCUCAGAGUUUGUGUCCUGAAAUUCCAACUUUUUCUCCCAUAAUUGCAAAAUGUAAAUUAAAAAAAUAAUAAUAACAACAUUAAUUCUGAUAACUCGAUUUACAUCUUGCAAUUAUAUUUCAAAAAUUACAAAUGCAAGAUGUAAACUCUGAAUUCAAUCUUUAAAAAAUUGCAAUUGUAAGAUGAAAAUUUAUAAUUUAAAAAAGUGAUUAAUAUAUAUUUUCUUUUUAAUUCAGAGUUCACAUCUUGUAAUUCCCACAUUUCAUCUUUAGAAUUCUGAGUUUGUGUCGUGAAAUUUCAUCCUUUUUUGGAACUUGAAAUGUACGUCUCGUGAUUCCAAUUUAUUUAUCAAUUAAAUUCUGAGUUUUUAUUUUGCAAUUCAGUUUUUUUAUGUUCAAUAAUUCUACAAAGUUGCAAUUGCAAAAUAUAAACUCACAAUAUAAAAUGUUAUUUAAAAAGUAUAUUAUAAUAUACUUAUAUAAAAGCUUAUAAAUGUAGAUAUAAAUUAAAAGAAUUUAAUGUAAAAAAAAAAUGUAAUCACAAGAUUUUCUAAUUGAGUUUGAAUCUUGAAAUUACCCAUAAUUCCAAAAUAAUGAUGUAAAUUCUAAAUAUUUAUAAGUACUAUUUUUAUUAUGGGUUUACAUCUUGCAAUUCCAACUACAGUCAUCAACAUUUGAAGUCUAUCAAAAGUUUAAAACCUAAAUUGUCCUCAGACAAGGAUGAAUGUUUUUCCAAUAGUUUAGGACAACUUUGAUGAACAGUUUCGAUCCACUUCAAAUGUUGACUCCUGUCCUGAUCAUCUUGAUUAUUUAUAUUAUUAUUAUUAUUGAUUAUUGUCCAUCAUUUCAAAACAUUGUAAAAGCAACAUCUGAACUCACAAGUGAACAGAAGCUGUAAGUGCAAGGUGUAAAGUCGUGCAUGUUUUACCUCCAGUCGUGAGUUUCUAUAUCCACCACAGUGAUUUCUACAUGUUCAGAUGUAAACAAAUCCAAGCAGAAGGACUGAAUUUAAUAUAAGCUGGCAGCUGUGGCAUGAGCUGCAGUUUUGUUUCGUUGUUGAAUUCUGUGGCAUAAAGCAAUCUCGGGUGAAUUGAGAAGCACUAGGCUGCUUUACAGAGGAAUAUUGGACACGUCUGUAUUUUCUGGAUCUUUCUGAAUGUGCCUUGAGCUGUUUUUAUUCUUCUGCAGUCCUGAAGAACGUCUUCAUCAGACCUUUAUGCAUCAUUCGCCUGUAAAUACUGUAAAAUAGAAAGAGCUGGUGAAAAUAUAUUUAAGAAUGAACACGUCUGCUUCUGCCUGAUGAUGACGACGACAUGUUUGAUCUAUUCUCUGUACUGAAUGCUGAUUUCUGCACGGUUAUUUCUCUCUCUCUCUCUCUCUCUCUCUCUCCAUCUCUCUCUCCAUCUCUCUCUCUCUCCAUCUCUCUCUCUCUCCGCAUGUUUUUGGUGUUUUGCAUGGGUUUGCUUCUGUUGUUUCCACUCGCUGCUGAUGCUGACGUGACUUUAUUUAUGACGAUAUUUAGAUUAUUCUUGGACUUGAUUUCUACUGUAAAUUCAUUAUGACGUUUUGCAGAUAUCUGUUCAGGCUGUUUUACUGUUUCAGAACAUUUCAUUAAAAUUAUAUCAAUUCAA